AUGGAGCUCAAAAGCAACGUGUCGAAGUAUCUGGUGAGUAAAACAGACAGCAUGUGUGAUAAAGCUACUACUAAGGUUUUUUGUUAUACUGAAAGUCAUUUGUAACAAUCUAUUUAUUUGCCAUACUUUUAUUGCCAUAUACUUCUGAUGUGCUAGUUGAUUCAUCUUAUAAAAAACAAACGAAUUGGUUGCCUCAUGUAUUCAUCAGUACAGUGCAGCAUCACAUCCGAUUUGGACAAAUUGAUUCAUUCAAUUGAUGAAAAUGCAAGUAGAAUAGUUUCUGUCCCAUGGUUUUUGAUUAGCCUGUCUGUUUCUGCUUUAGUUUCAGCACUAUUCAUUUGUUACAUAACUUAUAAUAUUUCCAUCUCUUCCCGUCCUCAGGUUGUGUGCGGUGUCUCUAUGCUGCUGGGCCUGACAAUGGCCAAAGGGAAGGAGGAGGAGAAGGAGAGGUGUGAGGACACACUGACUAUCCCUUCAGACUACUACAAGACUCCUUCAGAGGAAUCAGAAGGAAACGGGAACAUCCACACACGCUCCCUGUCCCCCUGGACCUGGAAGUGAGUUUCCAGUAACACACACACUAAAGUAUUUGAUACUGUACUUAAAGGGAUAGUUUUCAGAAAUGUUGACCUCGGGAGGAGUUAUGCUACUGUCUUACAAUGUUAAUACAAGCUCUAAGGAAAGCCUGUGAAAACUAUCCCUUCAAACAGUAUUUAGUACGUUUUACUGUUAAAAUAUUUGUUGUUGAUUUAUUGCUUAAGUGGUUUUCUUCUCUUUCUGUUCCAUCUCCAGACCCACUACAGUCGAGAACAGUAUUCCUACGACCAUUUGGGAGGCCGAGUGCAGCUCUAUGUACUGUGUCUACCCCACCAACAGCAGCCAGGCCGUGGGCUAUAGGCAGAACUCUGUACUUAUCUACCAGCAGGUCCUGGUGCUCCACACCUCAGCCACUAGGAAGUGCUACAGCGUCUCCUUCCUGUCCAUGGCCGUGGGGUGCACCUGUGCCUGGGCAAGGACAUCUUGA